CAGAGAUCUCUGCUCACUCCUCCCCGUGCUCUCCCUCAGUCCCUCUGUCCCUCUGUCCCUCCACCGACCCUGCACCAUGGGGCCUGCCUCAGGUCCCAGCCUGCUGCUGCUUCUGCUGAGCAGCGUCUCCCUGGCCCAAGGGGAUCCCUUCUUCACCAUGAUCACCCCCAACAUCCUGCGGCUGGAGAAUGAGGAGACGGUGGUGCUGGAGGCCCACGGAGCUGGAGGGGACGUUCCUGUCACGGUCACCAUCCACGACUUCCCGGCCAAGAAGCAAGUGCUGUCCAGUGAGAAGACGGUGCUGACCAAGGCUGCGGGCCACCUGGGAACAGUCACUGUCAAGAUCCCGGCCAGCAAGGAGUUGAGAUCAGCGAGGGGGCAGAGUUUUGUGACUGUUCAGGCGAACUUCGGCGGCACCUCAGUGGAGAAGGUGGUGCUGGUCGGUGUUCAGAGCGGGUACCUCUUCAUCCAGACGGACAAGACCAUCUACACCCCGGGCUCCACGGUCCUCUAUCGGGUCUUCACCCUCGACAGCAGGCUGCUGCCCGUGGGCCGAACCGUUAUCGUCAGCAUUGAGACCCCCGACGGCAUUUCCAUCAAGCGAGACUCCCUGUCUUCUCACAACCAGUUUGGCAUCUUGCCCUUGUCUUGGAACAUCCCGGAGCUGGUCAACAUGGGGCAGUGGAAGAUACAAGUCCACUAUGAAGAUUCACCACAGCAGGUCUUCUCCUCUGAGUUUGAGGUGAAGGAAUAUGUGCUUCCCAGUUUUGAGGUCCAAGUGGAGCCUACAGAGAAAUUCUACUACAUUGAUGAUCCAAAGGGCCUGGAGGUCAUCAUCACGGCCAGGUUCUUGUAUGGGAAGAAUGUAGAUGGAACAGCCUUUGUCAUCUUUGGGGUCCAGGAUGGUGACCAGAGGAUUUCACUGGCCCACUCUCUCAGCCGUGUUUUGAUUGAGGACGGCACUGGGGAGGCCACGCUGAGCCGACAGGUCCUGCUGGAUGGAGUGCAGCCCUCACGACCAGAUGCCCUGGUGGGGAAGUCGUUGUAUGUGUCCGUGACCGUCCUCCUGCACUCAGGCAGCGAUAUGGUGGAGGCGGAGCGCAGCGGGAUCCCCAUCGUGACCUCCCCCUACCAGAUCCACUUCACCAAGACGCCCAAGUUCUUCAAACCAGCCAUGCCCUUUGACCUCAUGGUGUUUGUGACAAAUCCCGACGGCUCUCCGGCCCGUCGCAUCCCCGUGGCGACCCAGGGCAACAAUGUGCAGUCCUUAACCCAGGACGAUGGCGUGGCCAAGCUGAGCAUCAACACGGCCAAGAGCCAGAAGCCCCUGAGCAUCACUGUAAAAACAAGGAAGGAGGGUAUCCCGGAGGCACGACAGGCCACCAAGACCAUGCAGGCCUACCCCUACAACACCCUGGGCAACUCCAACAACUAUCUGCAUCUCUCUGUGCCCCGUGCGGAGCUCAAACCCGGGGAGACUCUCAACGUCAACUUCCACCUGCGAACAGACGCCGGCAAGGAGGGCGAGAUCGGCUACUACACCUACCUGAUCAUGAACAAGGGGAAGUUGCUGAAAGUGGGGCGCCAGAAGCGAGACCCUGACCAGGCCCUGGUGGUACUGCCCCUGACCAUCACUACAGACUUCAUUCCUUCCUUCCGCCUGGUGGCUUACUACACGCUCAUCAACAGCAAAGGCCAGAGGGAGGUGGUGGCCGAUUCCGUGUGGGUAGACGUCAAGGACUCGUGUGUGGGCACGCUGGUGGUGAAAGGUGGCGGCAAGGAGGAGAAGCAGCAUCUGCCUGGACAACAGAUGACCCUCAAGAUAGAGGGUGACCGGGGGGCCCGAGUGGGGCUGGUGGCCGUGGACAAGGGCGUGUUUGUGCUGAAUAAGAAGAACAAGUUGACGCAGAGGAAGAUUUGGGACACAGUGGAGAAGGCAGACAUCGGCUGCACGCCGGGCAGUGGGAGGGACUAUGCUGGUGUUUUCAUGGAUGCAGGGCUGGCCCUCAAGACCAACAAAGACCUGCAGACCGCCCAGAGGUCAGAUCCUGAGUGCCCAAAACCAGCCACCCGGCGACGCCGCUCCGUGCAGCUCAUGGAGAAGAGGAUGGACAAAGCGGGCCAGUACAAGCAGAAGGAGCUGCGCAAAUGCUGCGAGGACGGCAUGCGGGAUAACCCCAUGGGGUUCCCGUGCGAGCGCAGGGCCCAGUACAUCUUCAAUGACCAGGCGUGCGUGAAAGCCUUCCUGGACUGCUGCACCCACAUCACCCAGCUGCGGCUCCAGCACAGCCGGGACAGCACUCUGGACCUGGCCAGGAGUGACCUGGAUGAAGACAUAAUCCCGGAAGAGGACAUCAUUUCCCGAAGCCAGUUCCCUGAGAGUUGGCUGUGGACCAUAGAGGAAUUAAAAGAACCAGAGAAAAAGGGAAUCUCCACCAAGAUCAUGAACGUGUUUUUGAAAGACUCCAUCACCACCUGGGAGAUUCUGGCUAUAAGCUUAUCGGACAAGAAAGGGAUCUGCGUGGCUGACCCCUAUGAGGUCACAGUGAUGCAAGACUUCUUCAUUGACCUGCGGCUACCCUACUCCGUCGUGCGCAAUGAGCAAGUGGAGAUCCGAGCUGUUCUCUACAACUACCGGGAGGCGGAGGAGCUCAAGGUGAGGGUGGAACUCCUCCACAAUCCAGCCUUCUGCAGCCUGGCCACCGCCAAGAGGCGCCACCAGCAGACUGUGACGAUCCCGCCCAAGUCCUCGCUGGCUGUGCCUUAUGUCAUUGUGCCCUUGAAGACUGGCCUACAGGAGGUGGAGGUCAAGGCUGCUGUCUAUCACCACUUCAUCAGCGAUGGUGUCAAGAAGACCCUGAAGGUCGUGCCGGAAGGAAUCAGAGUCAACAAAACCGUGGCCAUUCGCACACUGGAUCCAGAACACCUGGGUAAAAAUGGAGAGCAGCGAGAAGAGGUCCCUGCUGCAGACCUCAGCGACCAAGUCCCAGACACGGAGUCGGAGACCAAGAUCCUCCUGCAAGGUGAGAUGCUCUUGGCCCUGAGCACAUGGGGCCCAGGAAGGUGUCAGGCGGGCUGUGACCCCCGAAGGGAACCCAGUUCCAUCUAUUCUGGGGAUAUUAGCCUGGGACGCAGCAUCAUUAAGGCAGGAGACUUCAUUGAAGCCCACUACAACAACUUGCGGAGACCAUAUACUGUGGCCAUUGCUGGCUAUGCCCUGGCCCAGUUAGGCAAGCUGGAGGACCCACUUCUCAACAAAUUUCUGAGCACAGCCAAAGACAAGAACCGCUGGGAGGAGCCUGGCCAGAAGCUCUACAAUGUGGAGGCCACAUCCUAUGCCCUCUUGGCCCUGCUGCAGCUCAGAGACUUUGACUUUGUGCCUCCCGUCGUGCGCUGGCUCAACGAGCAGAGAUACUACGGAGGUGGCUAUGGCUCCACCCAGGCCACCUUCAUGGUGUUCCAAGCUUUGGCCCAAUACCAGAGGGAUGUCCCUGACCACAAGGACCUGAACCUGGAUGUUUCCAUCAACCUGCCCAGCCGCAGUGCCGUGGUCAAGCACCGCAUCCACUGGGAAUCCGCUAGCCUCCUGCGGUCAGAAGAGACCAAGGAAAAUGAGCAAUUCACAUUAACAGCUAAAGGGAAAGGACAAGGCACCUUGUCGGUAGUGACAGUGUACCAUGCAAAGGUCAAAGGCAAGGUCACCUGCAAGAAGUUCGACCUCGAGGUUAAGAUCCGACCAGUCCCUAAAACGGUCAAGAGGCCGCAGGAUGCCAAGAGCACCAUGGUCCUUGACAUCUGUGCCAGGUACCUGGGAGAGGAGGAUGCCACCAUGUCAAUCCUGGAUAUAUCCAUGAUGACUGGCUUUUCUCCCGACACUGGUGACCUCGACCAGCUGAGCUGUGGCGUGGACAGAUAUAUCUCUAAGUAUGAGUUGAACAAGGCCUUCUCCAACAAGAACACCCUCAUCAUCUACCUGGACAAGAUCUCCCACAGCCAGGAGGACUGUCUGUCCUUCAAAAUUCACCAGUACUUUAAUGUGGGGCUUAUCCAGCCUGGAUCAGUCAAGGUGUACUCGUAUUACAACCUGGAUGAGAGUUGCACCCGGUUCUACCACCCAGAGAAGGAGGACGGAAUGCUGAGCAAACUCUGCCAAAAGGACAUGUGCCGUUGUGCUGAGGAGAGCUGCUUCAUGCACCAUGAGGAUGAGAAGGUCACCCUGGACGACCGGCUGGACAAGGCCUGUGAGCCAGGAGUGGACUAUGUGUACAAGACCAAGCUUCUCAAGAAGGAGCUGUCGGAUGACUUUGAUGAUUACAUAAUGGUCAUUGAGCAGAUCAUCAAAUCAGGCUCCGAUGAGGUGCAGGUUGGACAGCAGCGCAGGUUCAUCAGCCACAUCAAGUGCAGAGAAGCCCUGAAGCUGGAGGAGAAGAAACGCUACCUCAUAUGGGGCAUCUCCUCUGACCUGUGGGGAGAGAAACCCAACAUCAGCUACAUCAUCGGGAAGGACACCUGGGUGGAGCUGUGGCCUGAGGCCGACGAAUGCCAAGACGAGGAGAACCAGAAACAGUGCCAGGACCUGGCCAACUUCACCGAGAACUUGGUCGUCUUUGGCUGCCCCAACUGAGCCCCCCAUCAUCGUCCCCCCAAUAAAGCUUCAGUUAUUUUUCA